CGAAAGCCUGGUUCAAACAAACCAACAAACUCAUGUUCAAUGGUGCUUGAGAAUAUGUAAAUAAUCGGAUAUUUCCCUAUAUUCACUGGCUACGAGUGACCACCAUGUCUGAGAGAGUGACCGAUAGUUCCGAUGCCGAAAGUCAAGACCUCCAGGAGCACAACGAAACUAUUCGGGAUCUGUCCGCCGGUUUACUGUGCAUCUACGAACCCAAAUUGAACGAGGUUAAAGAGAAUUUGAAAGAACUAAUAAACAAACAAAACGAUUUGCAAAUAGCAAUCUCAAACGAGAAAAAGGCAUUCUCCAGCACACAGACGAAAGAAGUGUACGAAAUGGUGUUGAAAACCAAGGCGUACAAGGACAAAGUGACACGGAUCAAAAUGCAAAUGCAUCAAAUUCACCAGCGAACGAAGAAUCUUAGGGUGAGGGCCAAGGCACUGGAGAUUCAGGAGUUAAAAGUGAAUCAAUGUGCAACAAAGCUCCAGCAACUGCACUACGAAGAAUCACUUGUGGCCAGCAGUAAACGAACGCCGCGGAAAUCUUAAUGGCUACACUCAACAGUCUUACACCGAUUUAUUUAAUCUGAAGUGAUCUUUGCAUUGUGUUGAUGGUUCUGCAUUGCACAAAUGUCGCUUAAUAUGAAACAAUACAACGAAAUCAAAAGGACUGAGCAACAACCAGUGCGGCAAGCAUGAACCCGCAAGAAUGGGUGAUGAUCGUCCCCUAACGCAACGGUGCCAAAUGCAACGUGUAAAGACGAAAACGGCGCCCACGGACCUUGCCAACCGA